AUGGCUAAGGUUGACGGUCCCGCCAUCGGCAUCGACCUCGGCACCACCUACUCCUGCGUCGGCGUCUGGCAGCACGACCGCGUCGAGAUCAUCGCCAACGACCAGGGCAACCGCACCACCCCCUCCUACGUCGCCUUCACCGACUCCGAGCGUCUCAUCGGUGAUGCCGCCAAGAACCAGACCGCGAUGAACCCCAAGAACACCGUGUUCGACGCCAAGCGCAUGAUUGGCCGCAAGUUCUCGGACCCCCAGAUCCAGGCUGACAUCAAGGACUGGUCCUACACCGUGGUGUGCGGCGAGGCGGAGAAGCCCAUGAUCCAGGUCGAGUUCCACGGCGAGGAGAAGAAGUUCUCCGCCGAGGAGAUCUCCUCCAUGAUCCUCGUCAAGAUGAAGGAGAUUGCCGAGGCGUACCUCGGCAAGGAGAUCAAGAACGCCGUCGUCACCGUCCCCGCCUACUUCAACGACUCCCAGCGCCAGGCGACCAAGGAUGCCGCCGUCAUCGCGGGCAUCAACUGCAUGCGCAUCAUCAACGAGCCCACCGCGGCGGCGAUCGCGUACGGCCUCGACAAGAAGGACCAGAACGGCGGCGCGGAGCGCAACGUGCUCAUCUUCGACCUCGGCGGCGGCACCUUCGAUGUGUCCCUCCUCACCAUUGAGGAGGGCAUCUUCGAGGUGAAGGCCACCGCAGGUGACACCCACCUCGGAGGCGAGGACUUCGACCAGCGCCUCAUGAACCACUUCGUCCAGGAGUUCAAGCGCAAGCACAAGAAGGACAUCACCGGCAACGCCCGCGCCCUCCGCCGCCUCCGCACCUCCUGCGAGCGCGCCAAGCGCACCCUCUCCUCCACCGCGCAGACCUCCAUCGAGAUCGAUUCCCUCUUCGAGGGUGUUGACUUCUACACCUCCAUCACCCGCGCCAGGUUCGAGGAGCUCAACAUGGACCUCUUCCGCAAGUGCAUGGAGCCCGUCGAGAAGUGCCUCCGCGACUCCAAGAUUGACAAGUCCGCCGUCCACGAGAUUGUCCUCGUCGGUGGUUCCACCCGUAUCCCCAAGGUGCAGUCCCUUCUCUCCGACUUCUUCAACGGCAAGGAGCUCUGCAAGUCCAUCAACCCCGACGAGGCUGUCGCCUACGGCGCCGCCGUCCAGGCUGCCAUCCUCUCCGGCGAGGGCAACGAGAAGGUUCAGGAUCUCCUCCUCCUCGACGUCUCCCCCCUGUCCAUGGGUCUCGAGACUGUCGGCGGCGUGAUGACUGUGCUCAUCCCCCGCAACACCACCAUCCCCACCAAGAAGGAGCAGGUCUUCUCCACUUACUCCGACAACCAGCCCGGUGUGCUUAUCCAGGUCUUCGAGGGCGAGCGCUCCAGGACCAAGGACAACAACCUCCUCGGCAAGUUCGAGCUCUCCGGCAUCCCCCCCGCGCCCCGCGGCGUGCCCCAGAUCAACGUGUGCUUCGACAUUGACGCCAACGGUAUCCUCAACGUCUCCGCCGAGGACAAGUCCACCGGCCAGAAGAACAAGAUCACCAUCACCAACGACAAGGGCCGCCUCUCCAAGGAGGAGAUUGAGCGCAUGGUCCAGGAGGCUGAGAAGUACAAGGCUGAGGACGAGGAGCACAAGAAGAAGGUCGAGGCCAAGAACGGGCUCGAGAACUACGCCUACAACAUGAAGAACACCAUGAACGACGAGAACGUCGGAGGCAAGCUCGACCCCGACGACAAGGCCAAGAUCACCGCCGCCGUCGAGGAGGCCAUCUCUUGGCUCGACGGCAACCAGACCGCGGAGAUCGACGAGUUCGAGGACAAGCUCAAGGAGCUCGAGGGCGUGUGCAACCCCAUCAUCUCCAAGAUGUACCAGGGUGCCGGCGGUGCGCCCCCUCCCGGCGCCGACUUCGGCGGUGCCGGUGCCGGCGCCGAGGGCCCCGGCGCCGGCCCCGGCCCCAAGAUCGAGGAGGUCGACUAAUCGGUCGGCUCACGACGGCAUCUCGCGGCGCGGCGUCCCCGCGCGCAAACGCAGCAGUAGCAUCGCAGCACGCAUGAAUUCAUUAGCACGUAUUACAACUUGACUUGCAUGUUUUAAUACCAAUAGAAAUUCGUACGAGGGUUGGCGGCGAACGCCGUCUCCCUCUCAUACC